AUGCCAGAAGACAUCAAAACGGUUGCCGUCAUUGGCUGCGGCGUUAUCGGCGCCAGUUGGGCGUGUCUCUUCCUUUCUCGGGGCCUGAACGUUAUUAUCUUUGAUCCUGCUGAAGGCGCGCAGGAUGCUUUCAACAAAUACCUUCAGGGUACAUGGACUGCGUUGAAAUCAUGCAACCCCGACCAAGAAGAUGCGUGGGCACAGAACUACAUGUUUGUUAAUAACCUGGAGUCGACCUUAGGAGAAGUCGAUUUCGUGCAAGAGAAUGGACCGGAGCGCCCCGAAUUCAAGCAAAGGCUCAUGGAAGAACUAGAUCGAUACACCAGACCUAGCGUCGUGAUCUCAUCGUCUUCUUCCGGUCUCCCUGCGUCUGGCUUUAUCAAGCUGUGCGGCAAAGCCCCGAGCCGCAUACUCGUUGGCCAUCCAUUCAACCCGCCACAUCUCGUCCCCCUCGUCGAAGUUGUCCCUCACCCGGGAACCGGCACGAGCACGAUAGACACGGCAAUGGACUUCUACAAGUCCCUUGGCAAGAAUCCCAUUCUGCUUCGCCGCGAGGUCCCCGGUUUCGUCGCCAAUCGUCUGCAGGCUGCGAUUAACAGCGAAGCAUACAGCCUCGUUAGUCGAGGAAUUGUAUCGGCCGAGGAUCUUGACACGGCAGUGACCUCAGGGCCAGGUCUGAGAUGGGCGUUGACCGGUCCAUUUGUGACAAAUUCGCUCGGUGGCGGCGGAGGUCCGAAUGGGUUUGCGCAGCGCACUGAACGGCUUGGGCCUGCAAUUCGGGGUUGGGAGGAGGAUAUGCUGGAACACCGUUUCGACUGGAGUGAGGAACGGCUCUCUGUUCUGAAUAAGGAAGCGUCGAAGUGGUUGGGGUCCGUUGACUGGGGUCGUGUCACGGCGCAGAGAGAUCAGAUGUUGUUACAGUUGCUGGAAGUGAAAUCCCAAGACGCGUCGGUGUACGGUAGACAGUCUUUGUAA